AACAUAUCAUUUUGGCGAUAUUGUACAGUGCACAAACUUUUAUUCGCGAGGUAUGACCUGGCUGAACUUUCUGUUAACUUUACUUCUGUAUGAAGCAAUUAGUUUCGUACGAGAAACAGGUAAGCACCUCGAAUCAGAAUUUAACUUUACCGUUCUAGCAGGCUGUAAUGUGCUAAGGUGAGUUUUCUCUAUCUUCGCUUAAAAGUAUUGUUUUUAUAUGAAUUUUGUUGUUCUUUCGCAAAGAGCAAGCACCAUCCUUUCUUUCGACUCCCUCAAGUCCAUUGUAUCCGGUGGAAAAUUACAACAUCACCCUUCAGUGGACAUACACUCUUGAUGGUUCUCUUCUGGAUGACAUAGAAGUAAUUUUCACUCCUGAUUCCCCCUCACCUUCUGCACAAAGAAUUGCGAGGUAUAGGAGUGGAGGCACAACUCAGGUGGCUAGUGACGUCCAAGAUCGAUUCCUUUUUAGUUUAACAGAUAGUCAAUCAACAAUGACAAUCCUUCGCUCCCAAAGAUCAGACAGCGGAACGUAUGAAUUGACUGUGACUCCCGACGACUUUCUCUCAACUACCAUCAAAGACAGCGUCAAGAUUUCAGUGAAAUGUAAGUACAUCGUUUUUCCUUAUUUUCUCCAAGAGACUUCUACAAUAAUACUGAUAAUGAUAAUAAUAAUAAUAAUAAUAUUAAUAAUAAUGGUAAUGAUAAUGAAUAUGAGAGUGAUGAUUUUCACCUUGAGACUUGUUGUUUUAUGAACUAUUAAAUUAGUGAUGAUUGAGGGGCUUAGUUAGGCCAUACUCGUGUUGGAGGUACUGUAUGGCUUUGUCACUGAUUAUUAAACAUGUUCUCUCACUUUUAAAUUACUUGUUUGUUAGUAUUUGUGUAAAUCAGAAUGAGGAUCUUUCUAUUUGCUGUCACUUUAGCUUCAAACUUUCUGUUGCAAAGUCAGCCAUUAUACAUGUUUUCAGAUAGCACAGAUAUUGCAUUUUAAAAUAAAAUUAAAAUUUAAUGGGUGCUGUCAUUGGUUGAAAGAGUGUGCUCUAUGAGAGUAUAGAGCAUAGAGCUGAGCUAAAGCUGUCAUGCCAUCUGCCAAAUUGUAUUAUGUCCAACCUUUUCCGGGACUUCUCUUUUGUUUUGUUUUUUUCCUUAAUUGAAAGUAAGAUUUCGGAAGAAACAAGCUUGCAAGUAGCAACAGAAGAACCAAACAAAGGUUUGUAAAAAUACCAGGUGCCGUAAUUCACGCUAUUAUAAGGUGAGCAGAGGCGAAAAUCCUCAAAGAGAAAACAAAAUGGGCAGUCUGAGUUUUAAAGGUUUUCAGGCACAGUUAAAUUGCAAGCUUAUGUACUGUAAUAAAAAUCAAAUACAGCUAACACCUGUAUAGUAUAUAAAGUUUCAUAUUCAAAAACAAAACAGGAAAAAUGACAAAUAUAACCAAACUGGCAUAACUGUUAAAAUUUGUACUAAUCAUGAUGGUGUCAGAGCAAAUGCGGUCAUGCUGAGGUCCAUUGCAGCUAGCUCAUCAUGGUGAUCUUCAGUCAUCGCAGUGAAGCAAGCCUCAGGAACUACAUCGGCCACCCUUCGAGUGAAAAAGUAAGAGCUUGCUCUGAUAUCCUUUCUGAUGCAGUGAGUGGAAGGCCACAUCUGAGUCAUUGCAGCCAAGUUUUACAGCGCUAUCAUCCUGAGCGAUCUUCAUGUUCCAGUGAAUUCGGCUGUUGUUCAUUCAUUAAACACUUGCCUUAAACAGUUUGUUUUCUACUUGUCAUGUGAAAAAACUUGCGUUUUUUUAUGGGCCACAAUUUGGCCAAAUUUCAGUGAACAUUCCAUUUUCAGAUUCUGUAUUAGAGACAAAAAAACUUUAGGCAGAAGUGUUAGAUUCAACCUGCUGAACUAUUUAAGUUUGUAAACUAUUUUAGAAUGUGAACUUUGAUGGUUUGACAUUUUUGACAGAUUUAGUCUUGAACAGCCAAUCAGAUUAUUUGAACCAUUCUAUCAGGGAUUCUGAUUGGCUUAUUAUAGCAUGCUUUAUGAGUGUAUAGAGCAUGCUGAUAACACUGUUGUUCACUUUGGAAAUAAAGUUUGUCUUGAAAAUUUAAAGGAAUGCUUGGGGAAUUUAGUGGAUUCUUUAUUCUAAAACAAAUAGAGAAGCCUUGACUGUGCUCUGUUCUGUUGUAAAGCACUUAGGAAGCAGCUGGAGCACUCAAGAAGUGGGGAGAAACACAAGACAUAGUGGAUAGUUUCUCCCUACACUUCUUUUGUGCUCUAGCCAAUUCCUAUGUGCUUGAGCACAGUAAAGGCUUCUUUAUUUGUUAAACAAAAAUUUGAAUUAAUUUUGACACUGAAGUGACCAUAUAGAACCAGAGUAAAUUAGAUUCAAAACUCACUUGCUCAAAAUAAUUCUUUUAGAUACAUGACACUUUGGUGUGUCUCCAUAUGAUAGUGAGUCGAAAGUUACGUGCUUUCAUUUCUCUAAUAAAGUUAAUUUUAUAGGCACCUUCCCUUUCAGAAUAACAAUAUGAAUACAUCAUCAAGUUUUUGGUAGAAAUGUGAAUAAUUUGCAGCUCCCAGGUCUUUUCCUUCAACUUCAAUAAAUGCUGUGAAAUGAUUUUGUUCUUUCACAUAGGAUGGCUGAAAAUUUUUCAAAAUGUUACAACAUACAUGCCAUGCUAUGUUUGCUUGAUCAAUAUUUUGUAUGUUUCUGCUGCUGUCAGGAUUGUGAUUAUGUUACAGAAUUAUGGUCUUAGCAUCCCAGAUAGACCAUUUGAAAAAUUUUGCUUGCAAAACUAAUUGUCUUAUUUGGUUUGUCUCAGUAAAUUUAAUUUCCACCAUAAACUUAAACAGUAGAAUAUAUUCUUGUUUCAAGCACCCUCCUGCCCCCUUGAGAACUUCUCAUUCCAAAGAGGUAGAACAGUCCAAUAAUUUUCCAUUUCAAGCACUUUUUCAUGUAUGUAAAUAUGUAUUGUAUAUGUAUUCAAAACAACAAUAUACAUGUUCUGUCUUCAACACAAAACAACAUGGCUGAAGUUUUCAUUUCCAAGGACAUGAGAAAUAUUUUAUUGUUUCAAGAACUUUCUGACACCUUGUGUUAUAUAUGGUGCUAAAAAUCAAGGAUAGAAAUGAUAUUUUACUCUUGGGUUCAAUGGAUGAGGUUAGUUGUUUUAUAGAGAGAUGACCAUUUUUAGUACAAUUUGGUUGAGAAUUGCACAAAAGGUAUCAGAGAUGACCUUUGUUUUUCUGACUCCUUGCACUGGAUAAAUUUAAUUUUACUACUGAGACUCUUAUGAUGGCCUCUAAAACUCUGACCUAUAAUUUAAAGGCAAAUUUUGACGUGGUUACCUUACUUUGAACAAAUAUAUUCUGGAGCUGAAAAUUCAAGUAUAGGUUUCUAUUAGUUGUUUUUACUUGACAUGAUUGAUGCUAUUUGUAUGCUUAGUAUAAAAAAGUUUAACAUACUGCCGUCCAGAUUUGGGAAAUUUUUGCUCAAUUAAGGAAUUAAUAAAUGAAACCACUACUGUUUGUUCAUACUGGUAACUUUGUGGGUUUGAUUCCACUGCAACAGAAGCGUGAGCGGCUAUGUAGCUAAUCAUCUACAUGUGCCUGUCACCUUAAUUAGUAAAUGUAAUGACUAGUGAAGGUAUUAAUUGCCCUCAGUGUGAACACUGUGCAUGGCUCAUAGCUGUGAAAGGUUUAGUGAAUUAACUAUCUGCGAGUGAGUAGCAACUUUGUGUAUACAUGGUAAAAAAAUUCAGUGAAUUCUCUAUUUGUCAAUGUUUGUGCCUCCUUUAUGAUAGAUGCAUCAAAGAUCAACUACACCUCUGGUAAUCAGACCCUGAAUGAAAGUGACACAAUAAAUCUAACAUGUGUGGCUGAUGGUAAUCCAACUUCAAAUAUCACCUGGACAAGAGUUUCUGACAACAAAGCUGUGGCCUUCCCUCUCAUCAUCAGUGGUAAACAAGAUGAAGGAGGCUACAAGUGCACAGCAAGUAAUGGUAUUGGAAGCCCUGACAGCAGGAUUGUCCAUGUUUUUGUACAGAGUAAGUUUUAUAAGAGGAAUACCUAUCCCUUUUGGUUUAAGGUUAGUCAUUCUCUUUGCAAGGAAUCCCUAACCUGAAAGCUAUUUUAGUCAGAAAAAAGGAGAGGUAUGCUUCAGCAAGCAAUUCUUUAAUUUUAUCUCCAGUGUUGAAUUAAGUGCAUAAUGUUUCCAGAAUAUUAACAUUUUGUCUCCACUUAACCAACACAUAUAGUAUAGAAUCGAGUAAGUUCACCUAAUGAGAGCAUUUAUUCAUUAAUCUCAAACACUUAACAAUAAUUCUGCUAUUUACACUAACUUAAACAAUGGCCCUAUGAUUUGUGAUCAUGCUUAGGAAAAUAUGCUUUAAUGUUAUUCCUUAAACAGUUGAAAACUUACUGGUAGUUAAUGGAUGGCUAACAGCAUGAAAACCAUGCCAAUGUUUUGUGCUUACACUCUAAUGGCCAAAUAGUUAAUGGAUAGCCCUUGUGUUCUAACAGUUUUUGUAGGUGUUGCCCAGUUGCAUGUUUGCCUCCUGGAGUCAAACAAGUUACCCUCCAUAUUUACCUGUUUGCCCUCAGAUGUUUCAGCAUUUUUCCUUACCACAAAACUUUCCUUUUUUGUUGAAGUCAAUGUAGUCUAAUGCUUGAUUAAGAGAACAUACCAAGUGGCUAUGAAAAGCUUAGUUUAGAGAUACUUACAGCAAUAAACAGUCUACCAGGAGUGUUUUAAUAGAGUGAUGGUUUUGGCAAAAUUCUAAGGGACAGGGAGGUACAUAGUAAUUAAAAUUUGUUGUGAGGGCAAGCAUAAGAAACUGUUAAACCAUUUAGGUAAAUCAAGGCUGUGCUCUAACGGCGCCCGGUCGCCUGAGGCGACUAACAUUUGGCCUCGGGCGACUGAAAAUAUUUUCUUGGUCGCCCGGCCGGGCGACUGGCUGGUGUUGGUUUCUUGAUUUACAGUCAAAAAAAAAAAAAGAAAAUGUUGUUCAAUCGGGCGCGCGUUGAUAUUCAAAGGUCGUUCCACGUGAAUUUACGUGUAACAUAAUCAUCGACUUAAAUGAUCCUGACAAGCUGCACAGUUUUCGAUUUUAACCGCUUUUCCAAAUAGUAUUAUAAUUUUCCCUUUAAAUUAGGAUGGCUCGUUAGUUAGUUUUUGAAAAGCAAUUGUUACUUCUGCUCUGACAGGCGUAAAGUACGGUCGACGAUUAAUAAAUCGCUAAAUGAACACGGGAGUCGUUCUUUUAAAAGAAAAUGUUGUUCCAUCGGGCGCGCGUUGAUGUUCAAAGGUCGUUCCACGUGAAUUCACAUGUAGCAUAAUCCUUGACUUUGAACUUGACUAGCUGCACAGUUUUCGAUUUUAACGGCUUUUCCAAUAGCAUUAAAAUUUUUCCUUUAAAUUGGGAUGGCUCAUCAGCUAGUUUUUCAAAAGAAGUUGUUACUUCUGCUCUGAUAGGCGUAAAGUACGGUCGGCGAUUAAUAAAUCGCUGAAUAAACACGGGAGUCGCUCUUCUAUGCUAAUUUAAUAUUUUAGCCGGCUUUUUACUGCCGAGUCUGCGAGGCAAAAACGUAACUUAAGAUUGUUUUUCCAGUAAAACACGAUGUAUAAAAAAGAAAAGAUACGUUUUUUUUUGUGAUUGUUUUAGAAACGGGUAUAAACUCUAUAAGUCCCGCGUUGUCCUUGGUGUCGUGACAAGUUAUUACGUAUCACGCACUAAAAAUAAAAUCGACCGAAUCCACAAAAAGCUCAUUUGUCUUGAACAUUUCACCGAUAGGUUUUCAGGAGGUCAAAGGAUACGAUGUUUCAUGAACAUAAAAACAAUAAAUAAAUGCACAUAGUUCUAUUUGACUCGUUACGAAAACAGUUUGUUUAAUUUUUAAUAAUUAACUGACUGAUUUAUUAAUUUGGGCGACCAACUAGGAGGCCCGGGCACCUCAGCUAAAACGCUUGGGAGCCCGAAGGGCUCCCUGAAAUUUUCCUUAGAGCACAGCCUUGUAAAUACUUUGUGGUAUUGCAUCACUCUUGCAGUAGUUAUGCAUCGGUGAACAUUGCUAAGAAUCUGCAUGUUGAUCAAACUGUGUUAUGGUUUAACUGUGAAAUUGAAUGUUGAUGGAAAUAUAUUACAAUUCCUCAGAAAACAUCACUUACUUUCAAGAAAUGAGUUGAAAGAUUUGAGAAAACUCUUAAAGGGUGGGGCAAAUUUGUUGUACACCUGGCCCUGGUCAUUCAAAAGUUGGAUAACGCUAUCCACUGGAUAAAUCUCCAUCCAGUGGAUAGUGCAGAAAGCUUUACAGUCAUUUAUCUGCUGGAUAGCAAUUUAUCCAAUAGAUAAUGUUAUUCAUCCUUUAUACAACUGGGCCCUGUGCUUCAGGGUGAGGCAAAUUUGUAGUACAUCCGUACUUCAGGGGACAAACUUACAAAGGUGACAAAGGGUGAAACGUAGAGAUACCACUCUAACUCUAUAUCAAGAGCUAGAAGUGUAACAUUCUUCAGGCUACCAAUUAAUAAUUUCUCAGAAUGCUUGAAGUGCUAAAAGAUUAGUUUAUCAAACCUAAAGUUGAAUUAAAGAUGAACGCAAUGAAGGAAUAUUCAAAGAUCAUACUUGAACUUAUCAGAAAAUGUCAUCCUUUCAGUAGUGAGCUUGUCUUUCUCCAUUGCAUGUUAGGGCCAGAAUUAUGUGUACAUGUCCCAAACAUGCUCUUUAAAUAUUCUUCAAGGAUAUAUUCCAACAGCAGUUGGGAAAAAAAAUUUCAAAUAACAAGUUACUACAAUUAUAUGCAAAGAAAUUGACUAAAAAAACAAAAUAAAGGACAAUAAAAGACACUUCCAAACAUUGUAUGAGAUCUAGGAACAAACUGCCUGGUUAAAGAUGAUAUACAACAAUUUAGGAAAACAAUCCAGCAGAGUUAAAUGAUAAAUCUGAAUGAAAAAAUUUGCAGGAAAGAACUUAUACGAAUGACACAAACAAAGGAAAAUUAUGCAACAAUAUCAGAAUAUCAAUGAAAGUAGGGACUUGAAAACAAAAGAACAUAAUGAAAAUGUGACAAAAGUAAAAAAUUAUAAAUUCUUAAGAAAUAAUUUUGGCAGGAACACCUUCCUUUAAGACUUCUUCAUAUUCUCAUGACUUUUGACUGAUGCUGCAGAUACAUUUAAAUUCUUGUGAUGAUUUUAGAGUGAUUCUGGCCAUGGGUUGUAGGUCACACUUUCUGCUGCUUGUGAGACAACUGAUUCAGGUACAUUGUAUUUACUGAAAAAAGAAUAAUAUUGCCAAUUGAUUUGAAUUCAUUGUAGACUACCGCCCAAUAAACACCAAUGUGACAACCAAUCUCACUGACAACACCAUUCUUGUGAAUGAAACGUUUAGUAUCACCUGCAGUGCACAGGCCAACCCACCUGCAAAGUAUCGAUUCUACAAAGGUAAUGAGUAUAUCAGUGGUGCAGACAAAAAUGCAGUGAUUACAACUUCAGUUAGUGAAAGAGUAAAGAUGGUGAACUACAGCUGCAUCCCAUUCAAUUUUUAUGGUAAUGGAACCACAAAGGCAACAGCAGUGACAGUGCACUGUAAGUAUUUGAUUGUAUAAGUUCCAUAGACUACUGAAGUCAGCGUUAUGAAUAUGUUUAAUGUACAUGCACAUGUUUGUAUAUUUUAUUUCCUUGAAUAAUGAUCCACAUUCACCCCUUAGGCCACAUUGUUAAACAAGUGCCCCUCUCAAAUAAGCAACCUGCCCUCCUCCCUCACUUUCUUAAAUAGUAGAGAAACAAGGAAAAGCUGUUUAUAUUGCCACUCUUUCAUAUAAUUUUAAGCUUCAACUACUGCAAAAUCAGGCAGGGGAAAACUCUCUUCUCUGUUAAAGUCAUUUCCAUUUAUUUCUAUAUCUGCAUGGAGAGUUCCUUUUAUGUGCAUUACUUGUUCUUUAAAAUUUAGCCUUAUUUCUUCCUUCCAAUAAGCACCCCUUGUUUAAGCUAAAAUUUUAAAUAAGCACUCAGGCACUUGUUGAAAGAAACAUUGUAUUAAAGGAUUUUAAAACAUCAUAAUAAACACUUAUAGUUUGUUGUUUGGACAGAGCGCUCUGUAUAGUCCCCUACACCUAACUUUUGAUUUGAAUUCAUUGAAAGUUCAGCUAACAUACAGGGUUUUCAAAAGAAUAUGGAAGAGUUCAGUAUUGCUAUUUACUACUGUAGAAUGAGACUCAGCGCCAAAGGGCAAGUGCUUUUGACCCUCUAAGCUAAGUAACAUAUUAAAUGUGUCUCCUUCAUUCAUGGGGAAUAAUUGUUUCCAUUGCACAAGCAAAUUUUAACAAUUUUAUUUUCUUUUGUUCACAUGCUUUGUAAACACAAACUAGGAAAACUGGAAAGUUUAAUUCUGGAACUCAUUUCCAAUAUUUACUAUAAAUUUAUAAGACCUCUGCUUAAUGGUCAUCUGAAUUACAGUUGUAAGACAGGGUCACUUGGAAUUCCCAAAUGCCUACUACUUCUUCUAAACAGGCAUCAUUUCAAAUCACAAUCAAGAGAAUGUGUGGUCUGAAUUUUUUAUUUUAAUGUUUGGUCUCAUUAUUUAUUGUCUCACUUGUGCUGGGCAAAUUCAAGGAUUAGCUCCACUGAGCUACAGUUGUCUAAAUUCAAGGCUAUCAUGGCUGAUGUAUCAACCUUAUAACUCCCAAGAUCUCAUUAGUAAUUCUCCUUAUUGUCUGCUGUACAGUUCUUGUGAUGUAAGUUUGGAGAAUUUGGUAUUGGAUCAACUCAUAAUCCCCUAAUUGAUAUUUCUCUUUAUUCACUUCACUUGUCUGCGUGAUAUUGUAAGGAGAAAUUCUGUCUCAAGGGGGCUAAAGGGUUAAGCUACACGUGGAAUCACUGCUUGUGGUGAGAAAGGUGUGAGCUCCACAUACUUUUAAUAUAUUUGCAUGAGGGUUGUGGUGAGAUUCAAAUUGCAUUUAGUUUGAUUUCUGGAUCACUAAUUUUAGUUUACCUCUCUUAGGUGGUCGGUCUCUAUAAGAAAAAAAUCUAGCUUUUUCUUAUAAGGCUGCUGCCCGGAGAGAAGUUUGACUGUAUUUGUCAAUCUUGCUUUUGGUCUGGUGGAGACCUUUUACACAUUUGUGCACUACGAGGGCAGGGUUUAGAAAUUGUUGCAGAAUCAGUAUUUUGUGUUUAUUAGAUAUGAAGUUGGUAUAUGUAAACAUCAAAUAUUUGGUGUGAAAACACAAAGUCUGGUAAUAUCCCAAUAGGUUGGCUCUCCAAGGGUUUAAUUUGUCUAAAAUGUUGCUGAGAUUAGCCAUAAUUUCAAGUACUACCUGGUAUCAUGGUUCAUUCUUGAGAAAUUUGUGGUGGAUAUUGUACUGUCUCAUAUCCCUCUGAGAAUAUUCUACAGCAAAAGGUUUUUGCACUUCAGUUCUUGAAGGGAAAUUGCAAGAUACAAGGUUGUGUCAACUCUAUGGGAUGCCUUUGAAAAUAUUCAGAACACUUUCAGAAAUUUUUAGACAUCUGUUCGAAAUUAAAUCAGGUCCUCCACAAAAAUGCUGGCAUCCUAAGAAAUAAAAAUCUUAUUCAUUAGCCUGACUCAAUGAAACUUGACUGGUAGAACAGAAUGCCUAUUUGAAUUGCUUUAUCAAGUGAGAUCCUUCAACACCUUAUUUUUGCUUUCUAGGGAAGAAAUCACUUAUCAAAUAAUCCUUAAGCACUUGAUGAAAAUAAACAGAUUUAGAGCACUCUCCUCUCCCAAUAAAGUACUUGUAAACAAAGGGAAUACAUGUCUGUAGCUUGUUUAAAUUAAGAAGUGUAGCAUAAUUUUAAACUACAUGUGUAGGUAAUAAUGACAAAUUCAAGACAGUAAGCAUAUUGAUAUAUAAUAGCAGGCUUUGUACAUAAUUAUGUGCAACAUGUAUAAUUAAUGAUGUUUUUCUUUUUCUCUAUUUGUCUUGUGGCUGAUUGAAACAAGGGUUUACCAGUCUGAAAGAUAGCAGAGAUGAUUAAAAACAAUAUAUGCUUAAGCUGAGAGGUGUACAACAUGUACACGUAGAGUCUGCCAUUUGAACUGUGUGGGAAACUGGAUGACAAGGUCACUAUAAAGAAGGGGCCGAACUUGUAGAAAUGCUUAUUAUUAUACUUUUUAUGCAGUGCUAACCAGCAGCCAAAAUGCAGCAAAAAUUUGUUUUUGUGAAAUGUUAAAAUGUUGAAUGAAAAUGAAUUUUCAUUAAUUUUGUACAGAUAUCUAUGAGUGAUAAAUUUAAAUGGGCAUUUAAAACAAAGCUAGACUGAAGUAAGUUAAAGUGAAUGUUAGUUAUUAAUUCAUGAAAAGGCUUUCCUCCCUUGAAUGCUUAAUGACAAACCUGUCAAUUGCUUUUGAACUGAACCCAGAGACUGGAAGAGCAAUGGUGUGAUAUUAUUCUCUGCCUGAAAGAUAGAAGAUUGCAACCAUUUAAAAAACUAGUGAACAAAUGAUGGAUGUUUUUCUCCUUGAAAAAUGUCUGGGCAUGUAGAUGUUAUAUGCUAUCUGCUUUAGAAAGAACAUGAAAAUACUGUGAUAAGAUUUACAAAAUUAUGGUGAAGUUGUGGAAGGUGUAAACAGGAGCCAUGGUGUGAUCAGUAUGUUUGCUGGUGCUGUAGUAGCCAUUAUUUCUCUUUCUCAUCAAGAAAGGAGAAUUUGUUUUCAAUCCCAGUCUCCAUACCAUGUCACAAUUACAAGGCUGUUCAAAAUAAUGUGGUUCAGUGGCUUUCACAAUCCAGGUUGUUGACGAUGAAGUAUUACGUAUAGAGUUCCAGAUACAUUUUGUUUCAGACUUGAGGAAUUAUCUACUUUUUGCCAGUUUAAGAAACUUUCCUGGCAGAGGGUAAUAACUGUAUCAGCUGCAGGUACUGGUCUUCACAAGGCCAUGCCUUCUUGUUGUUUGCAAAGUAAUCUUUCAGUCUGAAGUCAUGUGAAUCUUGUUUGGAAAUUCAUCUCCCAUUCAAGUGGUAUGUGAUUCAAUCAGUGGUAGUUGGCAUCAAGUGUUCAGUGAAGCUGGUUGUUCCAAAAGUUCUGUAAGGCUCAUGCAACAGUGACAAUUGGAAAAUUGGUUACCAAAGAAUUAAAAAAGAACCCAUGUGAAAAGACUUGAUGAACUUUUUGUCUUGGAAUGUUUGCACUGCUGUGAACACAAGGUCAGCAAGGCAGUCGGAAGAAGACAUUACUUGAGGAACAUCAACAGCCUGUGACAGCAAAUGCAGUGGUGUGCAGCUGUUGUGUGUAGUUCCAAAAGCAAAUGUGGCCAUAAUCAGAAAAUAUCAAGAAGAGAGCAGGUUUCUCAAACACUAAGACUUUGAAAACUGUUGUACUAACUUUUACCAUGUAAACAUGACCUUGAUUUUUGUUUUUUUUUAUUGUUUUUGUUUGUUUUGGUUUGGUUUGUUUUAAUUGUUUUUUUUUUUUUGUACAUCAUUCUGCAAAAGACGCAUCAAUUUCUUAUCAUCAUAAAAUUUAUUUAAGAAUCUUUGAAUGUAGAUCUGUCCAAAAAAAUUUGUCUGGUUUUCAAAGCCAAAUCAAUCCUCAAGUUGUUUAUGCCAAAUAUUGUAACAAAGUUACUCAAAAUGCAGGAUUUAAAAGUUUGUGUGUAUACAACUUAACCCUUUAACUCCCAGUAGUGAUUUAUUUUGACCUAACAGCAAAUUCUCAUAACUAAUUAACAAGAAAAUGUCUAACAGCCAGGAGGGAGAAUAAACAAUCAAAUGGUGGGAGUUAAAGGGUUGAAGGCGAUCAGUGGUAGAUAUUGUUUUGAUAUAUACUUGUUCAUGUUACCCCUUAUUUGAUGAAAAUUAGGAGUGAAAUCCAUAUUUCUUAUGCUUUCAUUUGUGCAUGUGCAGGCCACUUUUUACCUAAACUAGCAAUCGGUGUUUUGAAUACCUAAAUAUGUGGAUAAAUUUUUGUGAAGAGAUGAGUGAAUAAUUACAAGCCCAAGGUUGCUGAAGGCUGUAGUUUCCAAUAUAUCUGUACUCAUGCCUUACUUUGAAUUCUAUGGUCUUGGCUUUCAAGGUAUUAGUUGUACUUUAAAGAUUGUUAUAACCAGUAAUGUGUGGUAUUUACAGGGUGCUAGUUUUUGAGAGCCCUUUUUCAAAGGUUUAGUUUUGGAGACUCCCAAAAUACAUAAAGCUGUACCAAAGUGAGCAAGGUCAGAAGUAGUGAGAAAAUCACUAAAAAUAGCAAGGACCAAAAUACACCAAUCAUUGCCGUUACAAAUCAACCAAUAGCAGCUAAGUAUCACCUGGUUUUAAAGGUGACAAAGAACCAGCUGACUUCAUUGCCAGAUCAAGACCAGAAGUCUGCAUUUGAAAAGUGGCACCAUAAAUCACCAGGAUGAACAGCUACAUCGUUUUUACAGAAGCAAAGAUGAUUUUCUUAUGAAAUGAAAAAUGUGAAAGCUUAAUUCUUGUGUGGACAAAUCAAAUGCAUAAACUAUUGGUAAAUUAAUUUCCAUUAUAGUGAUCAUUGGAAGCUUAGCAUCUGGUGUUUUUUCUGAUAAACUUUUGGUCUUGUUGAUUUUUACUCAAGGCUGUAUUGUGUAAUCUUUUUCAAAUGUGAGAACGCCAGUGAGAAACAUCUAUUUACAUUUUAACUUUUGGUCUCAGUUGGGCAUUAUCUUUCAGGUAAGGCUAUGUUCCCUUUUCUGACUCAUGUUUUGACUUCUUUAAUUUUUUCUUUGUAUCAAUUUCUUGGUUGAUUUUGUAUCUUUACUUUAGACAAUUUUUGGAAAUACCUAUGGUAUGUACAUGCUGGUUAGAAAUGGAGUGUCCAUUGUGAAAACAUGAAAUAACAAAUCCAGAAACUUUCAAUAAUCAAGUAGAACUAAUUUUGUAAACUUUUUAGACUUUUCAUUUAGAGUGGUCAAUUUGACUAAAUUGAUCUUUAAAGAAGGGUCAUUCAGCUAGGAAACAUAGUACAGGAUAUUGAAACUUCUGUUGGGAGAGAGAGUUUCAUGAGUUGCCACUUAGGGAUACACUUUUCGAGUAAUGCUUUAUUUCAAUAUGGGAUUGAAAGUUAAAAUUUUUUGUGAUAAAAGUAAAAAUUUAUAAGUUUUGUAUCAAAGUAAAUGCCGGGGCCAAAGCUUGAAUAAUUUUGAUGUUGAAGAAAUUGAGGAAAUAGAAUUGCAAAUAACAAAACUCUCUACAUAGUCAUAAAUUUCAAUCAAAAUUUACAAUGAUGGAUCUGUUUUAUGAAAUUGCAUUUUGAACAACCCAGGCUGGCUGGUUGUGAAGGAUUUGCUUGUUGUAAGCACUGUUUAUUUCUGAUCCAGCAAUGAAAACAAAAGAUUUAUUGACAGUCUGGGAGGCAAAUAAGCUACAUCCUGUCCACCAGAGAAAAGUGAGCCAUUUCUUUGGUUAAAAUAAUUAAGCCUUUGUUAAAAGUUUCUUACACACUUAAAGACCUGCACCAGGUUUCAGGGUAACAAGUGGCACAGUCACCCCAAGUUCCUUUGCCCCCAAGUAUGGUUUUGUCACCCUCAACUUGAAGUUGCAUUGUUUAAUGACUAUUGCUGUUUAGUUAUUUAAUUGGAAGAUUAUUAAUGCAAAAAAAACUUUCAAGUUGUAAUAAUAGUAACUUUGCAAUCCCAAUCAUGUGACAGCAGAGUGCAAGUCGAUGAAGGGUCCAUUUUGGAGGUGUUUCCAUGAUCACUCGAGAUGGGUUGUUAUGAAAAAGUUUUUGUUGUAAUUGGUGCAGGGUCACAUGAGAAAAUGUAAACCGGGAACAUACUGAUUAGAUUAAGUUCAGAUUUUUACAAUAGCUUAGCUACCCACUGUAAUAUUUUCUCAUUCAGAUCCAGCUUUAAUAGAGUCUCCUCCAGUUAAUGAAGUUGUCCUUGAAAAAGGCAACGUGACUUUACAUUGUAAUGCUACUGGUAAUCCUACACCAAACAUUACUUGGACUAAAGGUGGCAGUCUUUCAGUGCUACAUCAAGGGGAUAUUUACAGCAUUGUAAAUGUACCCAGAGAUGCAGCAGGAAAUUACACAUGUACAGCUUGGAAUGGAGUUGGUGAACAAAAGAAGUCUACUGCUGUCAUUGCUGUCCAUUGUAAGUUGAUUUUUUCUCAUGUUAAGAUUUUUAUAUGUUAUGUCAAAUAAUGAGAAUGGCAAAUCAUUUUCAUUUGAACCUUCUGUGGUACAUAUUAUUUUUGGUUUGUUGUUGUAGUUGUGUUUUCUGUCAUAGUUUAAACUUUUUGAUUUGCAUUGUAGAUCCUCCUUCUAUAAAAAUUCACAAAAAAGAGGUUAUAGUAUUUGAGGGACACAAUACCAGUUUGGCAUGCAAUGUAUCUGGUAAACCAGAACCUACUAUCACAUGGACUAAGCAAGGUAGUAGUAAGGUGCUCUCAAAUACUUCAUCAUUGGAUGUAGUAAAUGUAAGCAGACAUGAUGCAACUGAUGACAUGAUACAGUAUCAGUGCACAGCUAGUAAUGGAGUGGGAACACCAGCAACAGCUACUGUUAACAUCACUGUUUAUUGUAAGUACUAAAGGUUUAUUUUAUAUCUAUUACUACUAACUAAGCUGAAGUUUCUAUGAACUAUUGUAAAGAAAAACUUCUUUUUUUUUUUUUUUUGCAAAGCUACUGGAAACCCACAGUCAAACAUAAGUUGACCAAGGCAGAAGACAAUAAAACUUGUGUACUUUAGAGAGACCUUCUCUUUGUCAAUGUAACCAUGAUGGAUGACCAAACAGAAAACAAAUGCAGGGUCCUGGACUAAUUAGGAUUCGUUGAAGUGUUUGCUCUUCUUCCCCCAUGUAGUGUAAAAGCAAGGUGUAGAAUUGUUUGUUAUGGCACAUGAAACAUUUAUGUGCUAUGAUACUUGUGAUGAUAGGUAGCCUCUCAUAGGCAAGGAAAUCUUGAGUACUUUUUUGGUCCUUUUAGUGUGUACAUUCAUCACCUGUACAGGUAAAGACUUUGCAACGUUUUUGAGGUCUAUAUGAAUUUAGCUUAAAUAUGCUUUGAUAAUCACAGUGAUAUUAAUUUUUCCUUUUCAGAUACAUCUGCUAUUAAGUCUGCUCCAGGUAAUCAAGUUGUCCUUGAAGGAAACAACUUGACUUUACACUGCAAUGCAUCUGGCAAUCCUUCACCUAAUAUCACCUGGACUAGAGAUAAAAGUUCAUCUGUCCUACAUCAAGGCAAUAUUUACAAUAUUGUAAACAUACACAGAGAUGCAGCAGGGAACUACACAUGUACAGCUUGGAAUGGAGUUGGUGAACAACAGAAUGCUAUCGCUGUGGUUGCUGUACACUGUGAGUUUGUAGUUUUAUGUACAAAGAAGUAAUUCUUAAAUAUUCUUGGGUAAAUUUCAACAUUUUUUUCUCUAAAUGUACAUCACAUGGAAAGGGAUCUCUCUUUGAAAAUUGUUAGUAGUUGGUAUGGGAGAAAAUAUUCUCAUAUUAAGGAAUUAACUCAGUAUAAAUUGAAGGUGAAGUCAUGAAAAGAUUGCUCCAAGUAGCCUUUGCUGUGGAAUAAAAAUAAGUAAAGAGAUUUUUAAGUUGAGAUGUAACUGACAAACUUUUCUUGUGAUAUUUACCUUCAAAGUGAUCUGCUACACCUUAUUUUCAGAUGGUGCUGACAUUAUCUCUGCUCCCAAAAACAAGACAGUCCUGGAAUUUGACAAUGUUACUUUCUUCUGUAAUGCAUCAAGUAAUCCACCCUCACAGAUUAUCUGGACCCAAGAAGGAAACAGUACAGUUUUGCAUAAAGGAGAAACCUUUGUCAUUGAAAAUGUUUCAAGAAAACUUAAUGGACAGCGAUACAAAUGUAGGACAUGGAACAAUGUUACCAAAGAUGUGGAGGCACAUGCUCAACUCAGUGUCUACUGUAAGUAUGACAUCAUGGUAGCACUACAACAUCACUAGGAUAUGAGAAUUCAAAAGCUUGAAGUGCAUUGUAAGGGUUGAGCCAACGGUAGUAAUUUAUAUUAUUUUCUUAAACCACCUUUUAGAAAUGGACCAAGUGUAAUACAUAUAAGGAUGGAUGAAAUAGUUCUGACCACAUUGUAAAGUUGGGUUGAUCAUCUAGAAUGAAGUAGAAUGAUACACAUUGACAGAAAAGCAGAGAUGGUCAGUUUUGAGCUCGGUGAAGAAUUAAGAAAGAUGUUUUUUCGUCUUGUCACGAGCGUGGGACAAAGAAAAACUCUGAGUCCCCAUGAGGAAUCGAACCUCAGACCUUCGGAUUUGCGCUCCGAUGCUCUACCACUGAGCCACAAAGACUCUUCGGUGAGCGGGGUCUAUUACGAAGUUCUAAUGACACGCGUCCUGCAUACUGCUAGGAUCAGCAAUGUCGAUAGCAGUAUGCAGGACGCGUGUCAUUAGAACUUCGUAAUAGACCCCGCUCACCGAAGAGUCUUUGUGGUUCAGUGGUAGAGCAUCGGAGCGCAAAUCCGAAGGUCUGAGGUUCGAUUCCUCAUGGGGACUCAGAUUUUUUUCUUUGUCCCACGCUCGUGACAAGACGAAAAAACAUCUUUCUUAAUGAUACACAUUGCAAGCACAAAACUGUCUUUCAGUGUUUGGGGGUGUUUAUUGAUUGCUUUAAUGUAAGGUACCCGGUGUAAUAGUUUCUGAAUGUCACAUGUAAUUUAUGUUGUAUUUUUUACUGUUCAGUCUCCUUAAAGGUGUUUGUUAAAAAUUAUAAAAAAUGUUCAAGAUAGGUAUUGGUAUGUCGGUGUUUUCACGUAUGUGUUACAAAUUGCAUUCAUAAGUGUAGUAUUCGAUGUGCGAUUAAUUCAUGUACAUCUGAAAGUCUUGGAAAUUUUCACAAGACAAAUUGUUGGUCCUACUAAAUCUGUACGAUGUAAGUAAUAAUAAAAUCGUUUUAAUGGUUAUUUGUUAUUAAAAGAUGUAUUGUAAAGUUAAAUUUUCCCUUCAACGCAGCAUCUCAAGCAUAGAACUCGUUUGGAUUGUGAGACUUCUUGGACUUCCACUAAAACUUUUGACAUGUGUUGAAGCUGCUUCUCAACUUUGAACCACCAUGUAUAAAACAUCACUUCCAAAAAGUCAAUUGGUGAUUGGAUUGAUUGUGAUUGCUCUAGGAGCACGACAUGGUGUUACAUUAGUUGUGUUAUUAUAUGGAAUCCCUUGAAAUUGGCAAAUAACAUUUAUGAACGUUUGCGCUAUUAUGAGCGAAAUAGAGCUGCACACAUUUAGGAAAUAUUCAGCUCCCUUACCAAACCAAGGUAAACAAGAGCCUAUAUUCUGGCCGGAUUUGCAGUUCAGAGGGAACGAAUUAAAGGCCUUGCGGUUUUUAGCGAAACUGUUGUGGAGUGCUUUUCAUUGUUAACUAAACAUGGGGAGCUAUGAAGAUUAAGACUUUGUAAUUCCAAGUUCUCGCUAUGGUGCGAAGAUAAAUACUGUCCUUCUGUCCACCUUCAGUCUGUUAUUUAAAUACAUGUCGUUACUAUGACGAGAUCGCGCGACGGUGUGGCAUUUCGAUUUUUCAUACAGUAUCAUUUGUCCUCAAGAAGAUCCACCGUGAAAGAGUGCGAUUUGGAAACACUUAACAUAAAUUCGACGAAAACUUCGAUAUCAAGAUUAAUUUUAGAGAAAGAUGUUUUUCGUGUUGUCACGAGCGUGGGACAAAGAAAAAAUUCUGAGUCCCGAUUCCGCGCUCCGAUGCUCUACUACUGAGCCACAGAGACUACGGUGAGCAAGGUAUAUUACAAAGUUCAUGUGACACGCGUCCUGCAUACUGCUAAGAUCAGGAAUGUCGAUGGCGUCAUCUUUUAAAUCCAAGAAUUAACAAGGACUUUGCUUCGCAUGCUGUUGACGUCAGUUUUGAAAGCCAUGAGCUGUCAAAAUUAAAACUUUCAAAAGCUGCUGAGCUCGACAAAAUCCCUUCAAAACUCCUCAAAGACGCAGCCUCCGUUAUAGCCAAGCCAGUCACUUAUCUUAUAAACCGUCACAGUGGAAGGAAGCAAAAUUAACUCCAAUUUAUAAGACUAAGAGGAAGGAUGAUGAGAACAACUAUCGUCCAAUUUCGGUUCUCCCCUUAGUUUCUCAGUAAAGUGAUGGAAAGUGCAGUUCAAGUUCGAAUGUUUGCCUUUCUUGACGAAUACAAAGUUCUCUCGGUCUUUUAACCCGGUUUCCGUAAGAAGCGUGCCACCGGAACUGCGGUUGUCUACCUGGUUGUACCAUUAUACCAAAAUGUUUUCAAACUUAAUACCAAUUGGUAAGCCGCAUGAGAGGUAUGGCCCGCACCACGAGUCCUAUUUCUAUCGACCGCCUACAGGUGGAAAAUGUCAUGUUCUCUUGGCUCAUAUCAGCGCUAUGACUUUAUUUGUUUUUAUGGUGCUCCUGGUAACGCAAACCUUACUACAUCUCCCAGUAACACUGCAGUUCUCUGUAAAAGCAGCCUAGCACAACCACGAUCAUUUGUUUAUCUUUUCAUUAGCGUUUUUUUGUGUUGAGUAUUCACAAAAGCAGUGAAAGAAAUAGCUACUCUCUCAUUUGCACAGGUAAAAUACAGCACUCCAAGAGCUGGCACCGAUAGUAGAAGUUGACGAUAACCUUUGUCAUUUUCAUGAUUUGAUUCAUUUUUUUUUAGAUGCUCCUGGCGGUGCAAAACUCAUUUCAGUUCCCAGUAACACGACAGUGCUUCGCAAAAGUCCUCUCAAUUUAACAUGCCGAGCCGAUGCCAGUCCUGAAGCUAAAUUUGAUUUGUACUUUAACGGUAGACUCAAAAGGACCAACAGCUCGGGGAUUUUUAAUGUUACUGUGAUGUCUGAUGGUGUGUACACCUGUGUUCCUUUCAACAAAGUUGGUGCUGGAAAAAAUGUCAGUGUCAAUGUUACAGCUGUUGGUGAGUUAAAAUUCAGUUUAAUAUUCUCGAUUGCAAAAACCGGAAAGUCACUAACCAUGAACGAGUAGAAACAGUGAUUUACUUUUAUUUUUAUUUAUGCAAAUGUUUUUUAUGAUAAUUCCUUUUCUUUCGGUAAAGCUGGUAUAACUUUUUCAUUCAACAUUUGCAAGCAGUUGUGUUUGUCUUAACAUGUACACCCAUUAAGCCGUUGGGUCUUAUCGCUGAGUUUUUGUACACGAGCGACUGAAAGAAUCAAAGUCAUUUUGUCACAGCUCACGUGAUAGUACAAUUUUUGUUAUGGAAAUUGAUUGCUGUGUAAAUCGUGGAUAAAAUUAUCCCCAACUUCAUUAAAUUUUCCUAUCUAAAUAGACAGGGCUUAUCUUCAAAUGUCUGUUAAAUUACUAAUCAUAGUAAUUGUCUUCCAGAGGCGCCAUCGGUUUCAGUUUUACCUGAAGCAAUAACUAUCAAUGACGGAAAUAGCUUAAACUUGACAUGUAAUGCGUCUGGCAAACCAGAGGCCAGCAUUAAGUGGACCAUGGUUGACAACUCUGAAGUCCUAUCCACUGAUUCACGACUUACUGUGAAUGUAAGCAGACAGUCAGCAAAGAAAAACAUGAUCCAGUAUCAAUGUACAGCCAGUAAUGGAGUGGGAACACCCGCUACAGCUACAGUCAAUGUAACUGUUCACUGUGAGUAGCUAUUUGUAUAACAGUCUUGAAACUGCAAGAAAUAUUUAACAGUUAUUUUUUACAUCAUUGGAUGUAAGAAUCCAAGCAAAUGUGAAUGAAAUGAUAGCCUAAAGCUAUAAAAUUCACUGAGAUACUCUGGGAAACAAACCCUACAAACCUUGUUUGAGUUUCUGCUCUACUUGUUCGUGUCAGACGGCGUUCGUUUUAUGUUGUUAUUCUACAGAAACAAAACUCUCAGUAGAUUAUCCAUAUUGAACGUAAUUGGGUUUCGUAAUAAACGCAGAAUAAUAAGCGCAUACCUCGGGCUUUUUACAAAACCGAUGUUAAAUACAAUCCUGCGUUUAUCAAAUUCCGGUUGCAAAAUUCAUCAAAUUUUAACGCUGCGAUUCAAAUCUUCCUCUGCCUGCACGAGCCAAAUUCGCCUAUUUUCAAUUCCUACGGGCCUAUCCGCAGUGGCAGACCAAACAAGAAUUUUCCCGAAAAAAUCAAAGUAUAAAUUUUGUCAUGACAAAUUUUUGUCUCCUCUGUUGCAUCUGCACUAAAAAUUCAUUGUAAUUUAUUCAGUUUGGCUUUACGCGCCAUAACAUCAAACGUUUUGGUGGGACAUUGGAACAAGUUCAAAUGCUUUAACUUGUGGCGUGUUUCUUGUUUUCAAAUUUCGCUCAGAUGGCGGACGAAAUGAUGCUUAUGAUGAGCCUAGUAUUUAGGCAUAGACUUCUUAGACACCAAGCAAUUCUUUUAAUGAUUGAACACCGUAGAAGACGGAGACUCCGGGCACGUCGUCAACACAACCCGUACUUUUCGGAAACUUCGGCCAAGACCAGACUGGGCUUGGUUCGAGAUCCACUACAAUGACCAAACAAUUCCCGGGGAGUUUUUCGGAAAGCAACUGCGAAUGAAUCUUUGUACCUUCGAUAUUCUGUUGAAUGUUUUGCGACCUGCCGAAACACGCGAAAACACAAAAUUGCGAUACUGUAAUUCGCUGUAAUUCGCCAAUGGAUUAAAACUCCAAUUACCGGGAUUCAUCUUAAGUGUAAGUUGCAAAAUCUGUGAGUUCCGCAAAGAAGGACAAUUACUGCAAUCUUUUGGUAAACUGAACCCAGUGCAAUUACCACACUAAUGGUAGAGUUUACGACAAAUGACAGAUAAGUUUAUCAUGGUUUUGUUUAUUUAGUAGAUUUUGCCAGGCUCUUACUUACCUACUUCGGCAAAAAAUUGCUAAGUCGCGACAAACCAUCCGCACUUGUUAGGUGUUAGUGAUGACAGAAAAUUUGUCUAAAUAAACAAUUUUGUCGCUAGUGCGGAUAGGCCUUAUGAUAAGUCUCGCCUCAUAAUCGCUCAAUAAAUAUGUGCAUUUUAACGCGAUAGUUUUUGUUUACAAGGUUUUCUCCGCAUACAUCUGAUAAUAAAUCUCUGUUUUCUGCCUCCGAACGAUAUACCACGGAAGGCAUUUUAUGGACCGUACGUUUUUGACUGAUUGAAAUCAAAGAUAUGUGGCAGUGAGUCACAAGUUUUUUUUUUUGUCAGAAAAGUAUGGUUUUUCAUCCGUGAAAGUAAUCUACUGAUCGAUCCCAUCGCCAAUGUUAAAGUAAGACUAGUAAUAAUCAAAAAUUAGUAAAGUGCGUUCGAUCUCUAGUAAAAGUUUUUUUUAUUUUACUGAUGCGCAGAAAGAUCGGUGUCUUCAGCUAAAGGCGACCAAGAAAAUAUUUGCACAUGAGAUCGAGGCUAUUUGAGCCACAUGGCCAGCCAGCCAGUCAGCCAGCCAGUUCAAAAUCGCGCCCAAUGCCUGAAAUCGCAUGGCAUCACAAUCGAACCCCUUGGGACUGGUCCAUAAAACCCUCGAGGGUGAUUUCCGUAAAAACGACACGAUUAGUAUGCGUUCUCCUUCGUCGAACGCAAUAAUUGAAUUAAUUGAUAGAAAUAAAUCAAUCGGCCUUUAAACUUUAACUGUUCCUACGGUUGAUGUUUCUCAGUACGUUAACAAUUGAAGCGAUUUACAGUAUUAGGUUUGUGCUUUAAAUAAAUAUUUUAACGUUUACUCGAAAGAUAAGUGUAAAUUGUAACAAGCUUGGUUAGCAUCUAUGCGCAGCCCAGCACUUUAAGCCUGCAUACACUCGAUGCCAAACUCAAACUCAAUCUCGUUCCAUGUCGCUAUGUCCACACAUUACUUUACGCCGAUUAAAAACUGCCACGUAGCGCCUAUUGUGUAUUUUCCUGCGGAGGAAAAACUUAAUUGAAUUUCUGAUUCUGGCCCGUUUACUGCCAGAAUAAUUAUGAUGAGACUGUUUGGUGGGUCUUAAAUUAGUGUUUAUACCUGACAAUGCUAUUUUUUAAUCUCGUUAGUGGCAUCGAGCUACAUGUAAUUCCGAGUUCUCGCUAUGGUGCCAAGAUGAAUACCUUCUUUCUGUCUACCUUCAGUUUGUUAUUUAAAUACAUGUAGUUACUAUGACGAGAUCGAGCGACGGUGUGACAUUUCGAUUUUGCAAACAGUAUCCGGCAUUCGUCAAGAAGAUCCACCGGUAAAGAGUGCGAUUUGGAAACACUUAACACUUAACACUUGUGUUUAUGCUCAAUGAACGGCUUCAUUGGAAAGAGCAUACCCACUCUAUUUGUAACAAAGUCAACAGGCGUUUGGGACUUCCGGCACGGAUAAGAACUUGCCUUACUCUUAAGGCAGCGAAGUUUGUAUACAAAACCCUUAUUGAGCCAAUCCUGUGUUAUACCGACACUGCAUGGGGUGAACUGUCAGCCACCUCUAGCAAUACCCUUCAACGGUUACAAAAUCGUGCUGCCGCAUCAUUUUGAGGCGUGACUCCUCUAAAGACACUUCUAGUGUUUUAGGGUGGGCUCAGUCACAAAUGAAACGGAAAAGACACAAACGUGUUUUAGUCUAUAAAUGCUUAAAUAAGAUAGUACCCUAGUAUCGAUGUGACUGUUUUAUUAAAAACUACGAUGUACAUAGCUAUGACACUCCAAUAGAAGCGAUUUGGACCUGCCCAAACCGAAGCUGAACCUUGCGAAACGAACUUUUAAAUAUUCGGGCUCAGCCAUCUUUAAUUUGUUGCCUCGUUACAUUCAAAACGCGGGUCACUCUCUACCUUUAAAUUUUUGAUGAAUACUCGCGGUUUUUAACCUUUUGUAGUAAUUAUUAUUAUUACAUCCUGCAAUUUUAAAUUAAUAUUUAUUGUAUUUUUAAGUUAUUAUACUUUUUAGUCCAGAGCCCCUCUACAUACCAGCCUUACGACUGAUUGCGCCACCCUGGUGAAUUGAAGUUUACCUUGCUCCUUUACCCAAGGAGAGGGAUACUUUAGAAAAGCUUGCACUCUCUCUACCCAUACCUUUUGUACCAUUAUACCAAAAUGUUUUCAAACUUCAUACCAAUUGGUAAGCCGCAUAAGAGGUAUGGCCCGUACCACGAGUCCUAUUUCUAUCGACCGCCUUGGGGUGGAAAAAUUUUAUGUUCUCCUGGUUCAUAUCAGUGCUCUGACUUUAUUUGCCUUUUGUAGGUGCCCUUGGUAACGUAAACCUUACCACAUCUCUCAGUAACAAUGCAGUGCUAUGUAAAAGCUGUCUAACACUACCAUGAUCAUUUGUUUAGCUUUUCAUUAACGUUUUUUCGUGUUGAGUAUUAACAAAAGCAAUAAAAGAAAUAGGUACUCUCUCGUUCGCACAGGUAAAAUACAACACUCUAAGAGCUGACACCAAUAGAAGCAGUUGACGAUAACCUUUGUCGUUUUCAUGAUUUGAUUCCCUUUUUUUUUAGAUGCUCCUGCUGGCACAAAACUCAUUUCAGUUCCCAGUAACACGACAGUGCUUCGCAAAAGUCCUCUCAGUUUAACAUGCCAAGCCGAUGCCAGUCCUGAAGCUAAAUUUGAUUUGUACUUUAACGGUAGACUCAAAAGGAGCAACAGCUCAGGGAUUUUUAAUGUUACUGUGAUGUCUGAUGGUGUGUACACCUGUGUUCCUUUCAACAAAGUUGGUGCCGGAAAAAAUGCCAAUGUCAGUGUUACAGCUGUUGGUGAGUUAAAAUUCAGGUUAAUAUACUCGAUUGCAAAAACCGGAAAGUCACUAACCAUGAACGAGUAGAAACAGUGAUUUACUUUUAUUUUUAUUUAUGCAAAUGUUUUUUUUUAUGAUAAUUCCUUUUCCUUCGGGAAAGCUGGAAUUACUCUUACCAAUCAUCAUUUGCAAGCGGUUGUGUUUGUCUUAACAUGUACAUCCAUUUAGCCGUUGGGUCUUAUCGUUCAGUUUUUGUAGUCGAGCGACGAAAGAAACAAAGUCGUUUUUUCACAGCUCACGUUGCGAGUCUGUUAAACCCUGAGAGUACAAUUUUUGUCAUGGAAAUCGAUUGCUGUGUAAAUCGUUAAUAUAUUUAUCCCUAACUUUAUUAAAUUUUCCUAUCUAGACAGACAGGGCUUAUCUUCACAAGUCUGUCAAACCACUAAUCAUAGAAAUUGUCUUCCAGAGGCGCCAUCGGUUUCAGUUUUACCUGAAGCAAAAACCAUCAUUGACGGGAAUAGCGUAAACUUGACAUGUAACGUGUCUGGCAAACCAGAGGCCAGCAUUAAGUGGACCAUGGUUGACAAUUUUGAAGUCCUAUCCACUGAUUCACGACUUACUGUGAAUGUAAGCAGACAGUCAGCAGAGAAAAACGUGAUCCAGUAUCAAUGUUCAGCCAGUAAUGGAGUGGGAACACCCGCUACAGCUACAGCCAGUGUUACUGUUCACUGUGAGUAGCUAUUUGUAUAAUAGUCUUGAAACUGCAAGAAAUGUUUAAAAUCGUUGGAUGUGAGAAUCCAAGCAAAUGUGAAUGAAAUGAUAGCCUAAAAGUAUAAAAUUCACUGAGAUGCUCUGGGAAACAAACCCUACAAACCUAAUUUGAGUUUUUGCUUUACUUGUUCGUGUCAGACGGCGUUCGUUUCAUGUUGUUAUUCUACAAAAACAAAACUCUCAGUAGAUUAUCCAUAUUGAACGUAAUUGGGUUUAAAUAAAUUUCCCAUGAAAUCUCCAUAAUACGUAUAUUGUGGAUCAGUGUCGAAAUUGAAGUUUAUGUCCCAACUCUAGGAAACAAUGAAGUCACUCACCUCCCACUCAACUCACACCCUAACCGAAAUUGCUUUCUUUCCUUUGAAAACCCAAUGAAAUUAUAGAAGUGUUUUUUUGUUAUUCAGAUCCACCAAUGUUUCCUGACCCGGAGAAUGUAACAGUGAACGGAAAAGCUAAGCAAAAAGUGAAUCUUUUGUGCAGUGGAGAUGGUAGUCCUAAACCGACGAUUACUUUUACAGCGAUUCAUAUCAAUGGUAGUCGCCAAAUCCUUUCUUCAGGAAACAUCACUGUGAUAGUGGGACCUGAGGGUCCUUUCUUGUUUCAGUGUUCGUUAAUAAAUUACUUGGCCGACCGUACCAGGUGGUUCCACUUAGGUGGGUGAAUUUGAAACAAGGUAUACCUUAAUCUAUUUUAAAUACUUUUUUUUUUAAUUGUUAUGCGGAUAACCGGUAUACUUUCGGUCCCAGACCGUUCCCGGUUCUCCGUUCGCCGUUUUAGUAACCUCCCUUGAAGGUGUGCCGUAUCCUUAAUAUCCUUCAUCCAUUAGAACCACUGUUGAACAAACUUUAAAAUUUGUUUUAAAACAGGCAUCUGUUGCUGAGGACCACCCAGCACGCACGUCGCCACUAUCGUAGGACAACCUACGCAGAACGCAUUUUGCGCGAGAAAUACAACAGUUCAGAGCAGUUUAAGGGAAACUUUUCGUUGUGCAUUUGAAUUUCAUAUACAACUAAGUUUGUGAGCUGCACCUUUUAGUUACUGGCUCUUUAAAUUUUAAUGCACGCAUAGAUGAGACCAUACAAGAACAUAACUCACCUUUUUUAAAAACCUGGUGACCAUGAUGUAUUAAAACAUCAUGGUAGCCAGGUUCGAAAGGUAGUUUUUAAGGCAACUGCAACACUUCAUCGGUAACUUUCGGUCAAGUUUACUCCAUACUGUUCAUGAACGUAGCGGUUGAGAUUUGAAGAAGUAAAGGAGAUGCGUCAAAUUCAGACGUGAAAGUCAUGUUAUUGUGAGAUUUUCUAGAUGAAAUUUGUCUAUCGAUUGUUUCUGUUGCAAAAUUCUCAUCACCAAUUACAGCUUGGAGAGGCUUUAUACAAUAUUUAUGCACUCAUUGGUAUGAUCCGAUACGAAUCAAGAAGAUACUUAUCAGAAAGAGUCGUACGCGUGAAUUUUCCGCGACUUAUUCUUGGUUUAAAGGAAGCUCCAUUCUUUUUUUUUUUGGAUAGCGAAGAUAAGUAUACCAUUAGCGGUGAAUGAGUUAAUGAGUUGUUAUUUUGCUUAGUGAGGCAGAAACCAAGAGCACUUUAAAGUUUAAACCGAUUUCUCCUCUUUCCUUACAGUUUUAAAUGUUAUGAAGAUCGAAAUGACGAUGUCCAUCGAGAACAAAGACUGCGGAGAUAAUACUGAAGAAAUUACCAAAGAGACGAGUAAACUUGUAAGUAAAAUAAAGAAAGUUGUCUUUCGUUUUGUCAUGAACCAGGGAAAACGAUAAAAUUUGAGUUUUUCUUCGGCAGUAAAACACCAGACCUCUGGAUUUCGUUUUUUCUGAUGCACCACAUUUGAGACCAUCAAGCACCAUCAAGUUCCCUGUAAUGUAGCUUCUGUUGUAUAGCACAGGAAGGCGGAACCUUAAGGUCUCGGGUCUGCUUCCUCGCGGAGAACUAAAUGGACACCAACCUUCUUUUUUGCGACAACCCAGCUUAAAAUUGUCCAUUUUUCAUUUUCUAUUGCAGUGACUUGAAGUUUCCAUUCAGUAUGCUUUUCAUCCAUUUCAUAUUCGCUAGUCAAAGUUGUUAGAUUAACAUUUGCUUUACAUUAGGCACAUGAUUUCCAGAGUAGUGAGAAGUUGACGUAAAUAGAAAUUUUUGCUUUCAUUCCCUCACUUGAUCAUUCCAUCAUGAAGCACACCUUUUAAAUGAUGUAGAGUUUUUUUCUUAAAACCACUCCAUAAUUCUAUAAAAGUUUAUUGAAUUAACGUUUUUGUGGCUCGUUAUGGCUAAUGUCCAGAAGAAUGUGUUAGUACAUACACCUCAUUGACUUUACUGUCUGAUAUUUUUCCUCGCCAGGUGACUGACAUUUUAAAGAAAAGGGACAUACCUGUUGAGGACGUUAAACCUGUAGCACUUGGGUAUGAUAUCCUCUUACUCGUUUUCUGUGUGGGUCUGCUCAUUAUGUGUUAUUAAACAGAUCUUUUAAAUCGUAAGAAUAAAUCAUCUCAUGUAUAGGACAGUAGUGGGGAUAUUAAACCAACAGAAUUGUGGUCAUUAUUUCUAGAUUCUUCUUUGUUCAUUUUGGUGAGGGCAUGCAAAAUUUUAGAUUAAAGUUAUUUGACCGGAAAUGAAACACAUGACUUGAGGAUGGUGGCAAUUAAUACACCCAUUCCGUUCAUAGCGGACGUUACGGACGUGCAGCACGAAAAUGAGGCUAGUCAGUCCUUAGUUUACGGCAACGCCUUCAUUCUGCUGCGUGCCUGAAUGCAAUCAAAAAGGUUACAGAGGGGACAACCAUAAGAAGAUAUCAUAUUUUAAUUUUCUUACCGAUAAAACAAGACGUAUGCAGUGGCUGCAUGCGAUGAGGAGAGAGGAAGGAAAAGACUUACGCGUGACAAAGAAGAGCAAGGUGCGCUCUCGACACUUUAUCUCAAGUGAUUCGAGAAAUUCGCUCAAUGGAAGAGUGUAUCUAAAGGGUAAUGCGAUGCCCUCAAAUGGUUUCCGGGAUCGCCAAGAAAACGGAACGCUCCAGCAGUGCAACUUCCCUCAUAGGCUACGGAAAAGCAAAGAAGACGAAAUUAUCGACCAGCACCAAGACAUGCUGCUGUUCAGAUUCAUUCAAAGACAGUGAUACCCUGCAAGCGACAAAUGCGAGUGAGUUGAAGAAGGAUGCUGGGUGGAAAAGCGGAGUGGACAGCUGGAGCCUCCAGACCUUAAGCGUCAACUCUCAAGCACGGUAAAAAAGCUCCACGAAGCCGUAAAACGAAUAAAUGUACUCCUGUUUGGUAAAAUAUAAACAUAGUAAACACAUAUGACUUUGCUGGGGUAAGAUAGGAUUCAACAAAAAGUCUCCUAGGUGUAAAGCAAAAGUUAGACUGCAUCAAAGUUAUGGCAUUAUGUCAAUUGAUUUAGCAAAAAAUUCAGUGGCUGCUGGGGAAAUGAAAUUAUCAAAGAAGUAGCUCUGCCAUUAACCAGUUCUAAAUGAAAAUUAGGAUCAGAACAUGCUUCUGCGGGAGUAACUCUAAACUUUAAUUCAGGACGUUUCAUUUCUGCUAAUUCUAAUGGAUCCCUGCAUCCAGUGUCAUUUACUUAAGCAUCUGGCAAAGCACCAAGGAUUGCUAAGUCUUGACACACAACAAACCCUGAUUUGAGCUCUUGAACUGGAUUUCGAGUAGAGAACAUCUACUUUUGAUAUUGUAUCAAGGCCAUGGACUUACUGAGAACAGUUUGUCUAAAGGAGAAAGGCUUUGGAUGUAGGAUGUUCUGCUUAAGAGUAGAAUGAUUUCUUUUUCUGUUCACUAAUAAUCCAAAAUUUGAGGCAGUAAACCUAUAUUUCCUUUCAUUUUCCCAUGCCUCUGAAUCAGCUUGUGCAGUAGUUUUUUGUUUAAUUUCAUUCAGUUUGUCCUUGUCAACAGUUAGAUGUACUGAAAGUUUCUCCUCCAGUUCAUUAAUUUCAUUUGGGUGUUGAAAUUUUGGGACAUUAACAACAGGAAACUGUGGAAAACUCGAUCAGAUAGGCCUCGGUAGACUUGAAUCAAUUCGAGGCACAGAGUUUAUUUCACAAACCGCUCGAAAAUUGGCUUCAGUAAAAUUUAACUGUUAGCUUCCAUAUGAUCCUAGGUGGAAUUUCCCAAGUCUAGUCUCUAUUAUGUUGCUGUCACUUGUUCUGGGGGUCCUAAUCUGUGCCAAAGGCAUUGCAGGAUUAAUUUGAGAGACUUGCUGCUUGAAUUUAACUUCAUCAGCAAACUGUGUUCUCAAAUUAUAUCUGGCUUCGUUAGAAGGCAAUUGACUCCAAGCUCUUUUGGGGAGUCGGAACUAUCACUGAGCGUCGUUUUCUUUACAGAAAUUUCUAGAACAGGUUCUGGGUCAAGUGAAUCCCGCCACCUUAAAAUGGUGGGGCGAAUCGCUCUUUAUAAAACUAUGGUGACACUUGCACUCAACGGAAAAGUGCACUUGAUUGCAUGCACCGAUACAUCGCUCAAAUGUUCAAUUCCUGAAUACGUUUUGCCUUUCUCAUCCUAGUUGGGACUGCGUGAGUCUCACUGUGAGGAUAAAUUUGCUUUCCAGAUCUUGAUAUAUGUAUAUUCAACUCAGCUCGAGUGAGCAUGGGCAUACGCAACAGGCUAGAAGACCAACCGUCUUCAGGAUAUUUAAUUGGCUGUAUUGAUGAUGCGACUCCCUAGUCUACAUAACCUAUUUGCUUUUCUUUUCUUUUUGAAUAAAUUUUAUCCUGAUCUGAGUCAAUAAUAUUCUUGUAGCGGCCUCUAAAAAUGUAUUCUUCCAACCUACGGUUUUGAGAGACAAAAUUUAAUUGUUUAAACAGUUAUUACUUUCAUAACCUCAAAGUUAUCAUAUAAGCUAACAAGAAGCUGCUUUCAACAACGUGGUUUUCGUAAAUUCCAAGUUACCUUUUUACGUAUUCUGCUUUUGUUUUGAGUCCUUUGCAAGAGUCGCCACGACAUCGAGCCAAAAUUUCGCUCUUCAAUUUUAUGCCGAGAAGACAUCUUUCCUUCAAGGGAAGCACCUGGAAUAUCUUCCUCUGUGAGCUUCACAGCAUCACCAGAUCCUCCAGAUGCGGCCAUAUUUUAAUGAAUUUUCCUUGCGGCGCAAGGACUGACUAGCCCCGUUUUCGUGCAACUCGUCUAUGCCUUCCGUCGUUUCUGGAAUGGGUGUAUGAAGACACGAAAUUUACUACCUUAGGCCCUUUAUGUACUGACUAUACCGUGAGGUUGAUUUAGAACCACAACAACUAAUGCCAUUCUUUAUUUGAAAUAACACGUGGAACCUGUCGCAAAAGUUAGUCAUACCCCACGCAAGCACAAAGCAGCGAUUGGAGUUUCGGCCAUGAUGAGAUUUUUUAAUUUGCUUCCUUAGGGAUGAACUAUGUCCCAGUGAUGUUUUAUGUCAUUGACUACGUUCUUAUGUUCCCAUGAGAAUCUUAAGGUGGAGUCUCUGGCACAGAAAAUAAUAGAGGUGUAGCUGCAUAAUUAUAUGCUAAAGACCAUAUUUGGGUUGAAUUUUUAAAGGUUUACCUAGCCGUUCAUUAAGAGUGCUAAAAUUGGACUCUGGAUGCGCCAUUUUGAAACCAAAUUUGUAUCAAAAUCACAACGCGUGGCUCAGAAACAGCUGCGUCCCAGUUUACCGUGAAAAAAAGGAUCUUUAUUCUAAUUUUAUAUGGUCCUCUAGUAUUGCCUCCAUUUGUUGAAAUAGAUAUUUAAGAGAUAAAAGAUAUGGUUAAAGACUUAUUUCCGAAACAGGUAGUGGGCCGGGAUGUUAAACAAGGUUCAUAGUGACGGCGUUUGAAGUCAAUUUUCAUUGGAAAAAAAAAAUUUUCGGGGAAGGGGGAGGGGGGGUCAUUUUGCUGUUUGGAUUCUCAAAGUGAGGUCAGGGAAGUUACAGCUUUUCGACUUGUUGUAGGCCUGUUCUCUGUUCCCUGUUCCUAUUAUUAUGUUGUUUCAACAUAUGCUAGAGUCGUAUCAAAAAAAAGUCGAGCGGCCAGGAAAAAAUUGUGUAGGGCCUCUGGGCCCAUAAAGGGGGUAAGUUUCUAGAGAAAGUGUGGUGCUGCGUCGGUGAGAGAGUAUUGUAGGUGUCAUUUGGUAUUAUAACUGAAUUGAUAACGUAAAUUGGCCACCGUAAAGAUUUUCAAAGCUGGCUUUUCGAGCGUUAGCCCUUUGUCAGAGCGAUAGGGGCUACGGGCCCAUAGGCUCGGUAUGCCCUUGACGGUUACUGUCAUAAUUCCAUAUUUACUUUGUGAUAGUAGAGACAAAGAAUUUGUGGUUUCUGGGAAAUGCUUUUGCUUUAAGGUCCAGUGAAGUUUGGAGAGCGCAAGAGAAGCGUAAGAGUUGCUCGAGGCGCAGCUCUCUCGAGUUUUGUAUAACAGCUUGCAGACACAAAUUGUGCCCAAAAAAAAGAGUUUAUUACAACUGUGUCGGUGUACCUGGUAAUCGUGUUCCACCUGAAAACUAUGAAUAAACGACAAGGCAAAAAUGACCAAGAAGUAUUUCGAGACCAAAUCUUUAUUAAAAAGAAUUGUAAAACGAACGAAUUUCUUGCAAGAACGAGACCACGUAGUGGGUUCAGCAUGCUUGAAUCGUUGUUUACUAGAAUUAGCGGUCAGAAAAUUGCAUAGAUUUGCCUUGAAAAUUUUUAAAAUUCUGAAAUUGUGCGGUUUUAAAAUUAAAUUCUGAACAAUAUACUUUUACGAAAUAUCAACAGCUAAAAAUAACAUCAACGGUUUUAAAAAACGAACCGAAAAACUGAAAUAUUUCUUGCAUUUAUGAGACCCAUGAGGUAGAUUUACCCUGCUUGAAUUGUUGUUUUACAGAAUUUAUGACCAGAAAAAUUCCGUAGCUUGUUUUGAAAAUUCUGAACAUUGUACGAUUUCAAAACAUUGAACAACGCUUUUGGGACAUAUCAACACUUCAAAAUAAUAUUUACCGUUAAAUGAAGAUUGCCCAACGUCGUAAAGCCUCCGUUGAAGUCAGAAAGCUUUUGUUUACAGCCAUAAUUCCCAUCCUGUUUGGGAAUGAAGUAUCGUCAACUCCAAAACUAAUUUCGUCGCUUGAAAGAACUACUUGCUCAUCGCUUUUCGAAAUAAGUAUUAUUUAGCUUAUUUUCUUUUCAUUACGAGCUCCAAAAGGUUUAUCUCAAUCGAGCGGGGAAAAAAUCUUUGAAACCUCGCGGCUAACUUUCAGUCGGAGUGAAAUUGCCCACGUCAUAUGCUGGAUGAACGGCCAUCCAGUACAUAAGGAUUUUUACCAUGCUAUCUCCUUAGGAAAUAGGUAGGCCUUGCGCGCGCUAAGAUAUAAUAUUUUAAAAUAUGUUUCAGGAGAUUCGUGGAGCUCGAGUGGAAUUUGUUCUUGAGUCAUAAUGAAAUGACGAUAUGUCACUGGAAAUGAAUCUAUUUUCGCGGGAACAACUAUUUCUUUAAGCAUUUCACAUAAAGAAAAAGGUUUUCAGUAAAUCAUUGAGGGGAUUUAAACGUCUCAGUGCAGCACGGUUCUGUCAUGGCUUUCAUAUAUUUUUAUCUCACCUUUCUAUGUCGGGGUUUUUUGUUUUUGUUUUAAUUGUUUUGUUUUGCGUUAUACGAGUGAACUUAAUGUGCGUACCUGUUUUUCGUUAUUCUUAUUUUUCAUGUCAGGUGUGGCAGUGUAAAAGUGUACUUCUCACUGACCUUUAGUCAAAAUGUCGAGCUCGAAAACGUGUUGACGAUUUUGAUGAAGGCUGCGGUAGAGAAAAAGUUUGGUGACUUACAAGUUGAUCCGAAUUCCAUCCGAGCAAUUUCACCGGAACAGAUCCCUAAGACACCUACGCCUACGUUUGCGCCUACGCCUACGCCUACGCCUACGCCUACGCCUACCAAUGUUGACAAGGGAAAUUCUGCAGGUGCGCUUAAUUUCUUGUUCUCACUAAGACUUUACACAUAUCACGAAGAGGAAAUAAACAUUUUUUCCUAAUAUCACUAGUAUCUUAAUGGACACCCACAUUCCCUUACAUUUUAUUCUGGUAAACCAAGGUGUAUUUUCAGUUGAUUGAAUACGAAAGUUGUACAAUAGCUGCCGGACUUAUUUUUUGGUUAAUAUAUCGCGAGCCACUAAGAUGAAGGUACUACUGUUUUACUCGAAACCAGGGUGAUCACUGGUUACUUGAUCAGUCUUCAGUGCAACUGUAUCUGAGUUUUGAAAACAUUGUUUGACAUUGUAUUUAGUUUAUUGGGUCUUAACAAACCAAAGGAAAAAUAUCAAAUGAGAAUGCUGCGGUUGAUUCCUGCAAGGCGGCCUGUAAGUUGGGUGAUCACUUGUUUUAUCUUUUUCAGCGCCAAAAUGCGAAGUUUUUAUCCCAGUAGGCAAUUGUCUACAUAAGUUCUUGUUUAUUACAAACGCUUUAAUGCUGUUCAGAAAGAAAUGAUCUUCAGUCGCUUAUCUUUUCAUAGUUAACCCCAGAGAAUGUCAAUGUUACCAUUUCUUGUACAUUGGAAGUUAUGGUGAAAAAAAGUUUGAAAGAAGAUUUUUUCAUUUGUCACAAGCUUGGGACACAGGAUAAUCUGAAUCCCAACAGAUUUCUGAAUCCCCAACAGAUUUAUAAAUCCUUUCAUUGCGACGCACACUCUCUCACAAGUUUUUCUUUUGUUCGAAAACCGAGUUUGGUGGACGUCAGUCGAUGCUUUUUUUUUACCUUAGAAGGCUUCUCGUCGUUUUAGGAGUUUAAGAUGACGGAGGGCUUAUGUGUAGGUGCAUUUAUUAUAGCUCUUUGAAAAGGGUAUUUUGUCCAAUCCUCACGUAACUCACGGAAACAACUGUUUGACGUCAACAGGAACUCGGCAUUUGAUUGAAGAACACCUUGUUAGCGGUGACCGCUAUUGUUAGAUUUUAGAAAAGACACUUUUCCUAGCCAGUUAGUAAGGUUCCAUCAAACACGUUUCUCUUUAAAUGCGUAGCACAUUAAACAUGGAACAAAAAGCUUUUCUGUGGAAGAAAAUUUCCUUUUCCGCAUUUGUUACUCCCUAAGUUGCAAUGCUGUGUAUACAGUAUACAAGGAAACGUAAAAAAACAGCUAACUAAACAUUUUUUUCGCUCUUAGUGAGCAAGGGUUUAAUUUUUGGCCUGACUGCUGCGGGCGUCAUCUUGCUUUCCGGGACAUUUGCUGGUGUCAUCUACUUCUUUUACAAAAGAAGGAAGUGUAGAAAAGAUCCCAGGGGUAAGUAGGGUUGAUGUUUGUAUCAAUUUUCAUUGUGACUAGGUAUGAGUGAAGGGCUUUAGCACAUUGAGUUUACUUUAAGAUGAAAUUAAAUCAAAGUCGACGUACUCAACUUAGAUGAAAAGUGCAUGUAACAAACUUUUCAGUUUUGUAAGGAAUGUGAGUACUCUGAAUGUAUGUAUACACUCAGAAUUGUUACUUUGUGUAGGCUGGAAAAUCGUUUUGCAGGGUUAAUGAUAAUAAUACAAAGGGAUGAAUUGUUUCAAGAUAUGAUACCUUCAAUGCUCUUCAUUUUAUUACCAAGUCUUCUCAAAUCAUCCUAUUAAGUUAAUCUGUAAGAAUCACCGUGGACCACUUCGGUAUACUUUAUUGGCCCUUCCCACGCCCCCUAAAUUUUCUGCAUGAGUAUUGUUUAAGCUCUUUAAUUUUUCUUAAAAGAAUUACGGGUCUUAAGAAAAAUUAUAAACAUUGCUUUUCAAAACUUUGGAACCAAAGACAAAAUGUAUAGUGGGCACUUGGACAGUACCGAAGCAAGUGUUACAAAGAAUAGUUGUCUUCAUGCUGAUAUUGAUGCUGAGCAAGUCUGUUAUUGUACAUAUAUGUUACAAGCUAACCUUUAUUUGUAUUUUUUUCCAAAUUUUUUUUUUAAAUAACAAGUUCACAGUAGCAGGUCUGAAGAGAGACCAUGGUAAGUUUAAAACAGGUGUCUGUUUCUUUGUUCUGAGGUCGUUGCACCAUUAUGUACGAAACAUUCAUCAGUGGGUGUGGCAAACAAUAACUCGAAUUUACACUACUGUUAGUAUUUGCGUUAAUGGGAACAGGUGGCUGCAUAUUUUCUGAAAUUUUUCUUGAAAAGUUUUGCGAGUGUAACUGUAAAUUAUAGCAGCUUACUGUAGUCAAUACCAAUUCUAAAAUGAAUUUGGCUCGAAAAAAGUUUGUUGAAAAUUUUCCGGUCCCCUUCGAGAUUCAUCAGUCCUUUUGUUCAAUUGUUUUUGAAGUCGUAGAGAAAGGAUAGAAGUUAUCGGUUUAUAAUUAAAAAUUUUUAUUAUUAGUAUAUAUUUUUUUUCAAAUUUAAAACUAUAUUUUACUUCUGCGAUAUUUAAGUUUGUGAACAAAUGAUUAUUCUUAUUACUCAGUGGCCACUCAUAUGUGUUCGAAUUGUUGACUAGGUGACGUAUAUCUUAUUUUGAUCGAUUUUAAAAUGGCUGUUAAGCAGAAAGUUUGAUUAUUGAUUGUGUGCCAUUGUACUGUUGCUGUUUCAUUUACAUCUUUGGUUUGGAAACCAUACUGAAUCGUAUGCAAUUGUUGCAGUUCGCUGUCACAGAAUGAUUAUUGUCAAGUCAAUAACGGAUAUGCAGAGGCGGGUCCACAGUCCACAAAAGUAGCCAACUUAGACCACCACCACGGAGAGGAAGGUGCUGCCGCGGUACCUAAUUAUGCUGUUGUGGUAAAGUCCAAAAAGAAAGAUAAAAAGAAGGAAAAGAAAGGUGCUGAAAUGAAUCCAUGCGAAGAUGAGUAUGCUGUAGUGGACAAGUCAAAAAAGAAGACGAAGAAGAACGAACCAGAUGCUACUUACGCUGAAGUCGACUUGGUAAAGAAGUCGAAAAAGGUAUGCUGACCACUGCUUGUUUUUUUUAAGUUAUUUACUUACUUAGUUAAGUUUUAUCCCCACUUUACAGACAACCCUACAUUUUGUCCUUUAUUGAGUUUUUUUUCAAACUCAAUAUUAGCGUGUAGAGUGGUAUGUUGCUCGCAUUAAUCAGAUCGCCGCAUAGGGGUAUGCAUCUAGCACUAAUCAGAUCGCAGCACUAGGAUUUGUAUCUCGCACCAAUCAGAUUGCCGCAUUAGGGUAUGUAUCUUAUACCAAUCAGAUUGCCGCAUCAGGGUAUGUCUCUCGCACCACUCAGAUUGCCGCAUUAGGGUAUGUAUCUCGCACCAAUCAUAUCAUAGCAUUCGGAUAUCUUGCACCAAUCACAGCGUUUGGGUAUUGUUUUUUUUGCAAAUGAUGUCAUGGAAUCAGGGGGCUGUGCACAAGGAAUGACAUUAACCAGAAAUUUUGGGCUGAAUUGAUAAGUGUAAUGGUUUGUGGCCUUCGCGAAAGCCUCGUUGAUUAAGGUCGAGAUUUACCGGGAUUGGAAAGGGUCGCAUUUAACUUUUUAAAUCAUUUUCAACUUAAAACGUUUUUUUUUUCGCUUCUUUACUCACAACGCACACGCUAAACAUCUUAUAUUCCGUCCAAAGUCCAAUCAGAACAUACCUAAUCAUUGCACUACAUGAACAUUAGGCAAUUUUUCACGUGCUUGAAUUGUAUUCACCAAUCAAAUUCCAUUUUGCCUCUUAAAAAUUCGCUCCGUCACGUGUUAUUUCCUUGUAAACAACCUAUAUUUUAUCACGUAUUCUACCCGCACUGUCCAACCCCAACGAAAAAAAUUCACAUGGAACUAUCUGAUUGUGAAUUUUCCUUGUAAACAACCUAUAUUUUAUCACGUAUUCUACCCGCACUGUCCAACCCCAACGAAAAAAAUUCACGUGGAACUAUCUGAUUGUGAAUUUUCCUCGCAAUUCUCCCGCGUUUUGACUUUUUCUACGAAUAAAAUUCGCUUUUGGACAAAACCCAAUCGCGUGUUAAUUCCCUCUGAACAACCUGCAUUUUAUCGCGUAUUUCAAACACACACAGAACAAACUCUAGAUAGGCAAAAACCGAUCAAGGGGCCCUCUUUGAAAUGUUAUCCUUUUCUCUCGUUCAAUGUAUCUUCACUUACUUGAGAUCGCAAUCUAUCUUUGGUUAGGGUCAAUUGGAGAUACAACAGUUUCAGUUUGCUUUUCGUAGUAAAAUUACGCGGUUUGGUUUUCUCUUUCUUAUAGCAACGGCAGUGAGCGAAGUCCCUUCCGCAAUCGUUAUUUGGUCUCGUCUCGCAACGCGCUCUCUCUCCAACAAGGAAUAGAUGGCGUUGUGUGACGAGACCAAACAACGGUUGCGAUUAGGAGACAACAGUAAGCGUAGCACUGAUGUAUUUUUAUUUUUGCUAUUUAGACAACAGUGACAAUAGACCACAAAGUACCUGUGCGAGUUUCAAACAAACUAGUUUUUUGCCCUUCUCUUUGGGUGAAACAAUGCGAAUUUUCGUUCUUUUGAGAGUUAUGCUCUUUUUCUGUUACAAAAAUGAAAGCAUCAGGUGCACAAAGUGUCCCAUCUCAACCCACCCAGCCAAAAAAAUUAACUCUUACAUGCUACGCAUGCCUAUGUUUUAGUAUACUAACUUCUAACCUUCUUCUGUUUAAAAAGAUAUGACUUGACAGUUCCCCAGUUUCUUCCCAUCCAUAUUUUAAUUUUUUUUCAUUAAUGGUUAUUUAUUUCCUUUUGUAUGAACAAUCUAGGUUUUAUGUGAUAAUUUAUGUUUCUCAAGGAAAAAACACCCCUUUCAUCUUGUAGCACUGUCACCAGUCAUUCCGUGCUCACGUUCGUUUCGUACCCAGUUACGUCGAUGCGUACCCAGUCAGUUGAGUCGUUUCGGACCCCUAUUAACAUGGUAUGUUUUCCAUGUUAAGUAUGUUUAAAGUAAGAAUAGAAUGAACGAAUCAACGAGAAUAAACGAAUUUAUUCCUGCUAAUAGAAAAGGGAGAGAGAAAUCAUACUUACACGGGCUGUUGUUGAUAAGAAAGUUGCAAGAUAGUGAAAAUAGGCUGGUCGAUGAAAAAUAUCACACUUUGCGGUUGGCAAUAAUUUAAUGUUUUUGUUAAGAAAGUCACAGAUAUACACAGCAGAAUUUUGCUUGUAUUUUACUUUUCUGACUCUACUAACUUGUCGUAAACAAUAAUCAACAUCCGGUUACGCGCUCCCACGCGAGGUAUUUCAAAUGAAUGAAUAUUGGGAUGGUACGAGUCGACCAGCAGCUUGGGUACGAAUCAGCACAAACUGGGCACAAACCAUCUGAAUAGGCUAAUUUCGAAUUGUUUGUGCGAGAAAGUCUGUUAAAUAGUUUUAGCAUUAAGCCGAGGCUGAGGGGAAUAGGAGACGUCUUAAAAUGGCAGCGAAUGAUGCCUUCUUCACAAAUAUGAAGGUUCCAUAGCUACGGAGUUUGUAAAGGAAAGGGACAUUCAAAUUUUUAAUUCUAGGAUGUGUCUUCACGAUUUGUUUAGUCUCGAAGUGUUCGGAGCAUAUAUGCAAGUUUUGAUGGACGUUAACUCCUUAUUAGCGUGACGACAGAAGACACUCCACUUCUUUCUUAGUCUCUCUUAGCCCGGAAACUGGAAAAGUUGAGGUGCGGCCUUUUUUAAGAGUUAUUUUUGCACACAGAGAUGGCACAAAACUCCAUAUUCGACUGACAGUCACUCCGAUCUUGAUUUCAAAAUAAGCGUGUAUUCCUCUCAGCCUCGGCUUGGUGCUGAUAAUUAGUUACCGAAACUAGCCGAUUUUGGUACGAAACGAUUGGGUACUGAACGACUCGUUUCGAGGAGUUCCACAUUAUCUUACGUCUAUUGUUUUUAACCACACAAGCCCAAACCGGGGGAAGUUCUUUAUGCUGAUUUGGGUGAAUUCCAUCAUAUGAAGAAAAUGCCUGAAAUAUCCACCUCCCCCAAAACCCUGCCUCCGAUCAAACGGCCGGACCCUUAUGCUGAGACACAGUAUGCUGACAUCACCCAGUUUCUAAAGGGAAACCCUGGAGACGCUGGUGCUGAGCCUCCCAAAGACAGUACCACCACAGCUGUUGGCAAGGAGGAAUCCUUAGCUGGGAACACAGGUGAUGGUGCAGAAGGAACUAACGAGACAGGAUUUUAGUUUUAACUGAGGUCGUAAAACGUUGGAAGAGUUGCAGAUCUUUUCGUGAGAUAAUGGUGAUCGUAGCCUUAGUGGUCAAUUCUCUUGUUUUGUAGUUAGUUUUUGUCUCACAUGCAUAAAAAUUUUGUUAUUAUGUAGAAUAGAUUUUGCUUGAUGUAUUUUUAUAAGACCGCAAGAGUAAUUGUUGAGAAACACGUAUGCAUGCUAUUUGUUGCUUCGUAAAAUCAAGCACAUCCAUAUUUUUUCCCAUAUAGUUUUACCUUAUUGUUUUUGGUUUUGGCUAAUCAUUUACUUAUAUUUUUUUGUAAUUUAAGAUGAGAACUUCAGUAAUUGUCUUGCUUAUAAUCUGUUUCGUAACAUAGUUUAUACAUAGAUGAAUAAAUAUACCAAUAUAACGGAAAGCUAGCAUUUUCUCGAAAAAACCUCUCAUCUAGCACAACUUGCAGCUCAAUUGUAGAUAUUUUUCCUUAAGUUCUCGUAAAUAUAAUCAAUUCACUUCGUAACGACCAUAAUGCUUGACGAGGUGUAUAUUUUGAUUUUGUUAGGAAAACAUUUUAACAUGCGUAGUCGAAAAUUGGAAGGUGAAGAUUUGGUUAUUAUAGGGCACAUGCCAAUAUAAAUCGAAUUUGUUUAAGAAAAUAGACAGUUUUGGUAACGUCAAUCGUUACCAAUUUCUAAGACUUUUUUCGCAAUGUUGAACGAAUUUUUAGAUGCUUUUCUUAAUCCCGGUUUUUUCUUCGCCAUGUGACUGUUGUGGGGCAGUCUGUAUAUCGUGGCAUCUACUUCGUUGAGCUGAAAUGCGAUCAGAUUAAAGGAUCAUAUGCACACCAGCUCUUUAUGAUCACAGCUCAGCUGUGAAUGCAUAUGUGUUUUGUCAACUACAAAUAAUUAGCAGACGUAAAACGUCAUUGGUAGCUAGAGUUGAUUUUUUUAAAAUAGAAAGUAAGUUGGUUUCGCGGGUAAAAUAGCUGUUUAAUUAGUUCUGACAAGGCACAAUCUUCGUUGUUCUUUCGGGAUCAAAAUGCCUUUUGCCUUGUUUUCGUUUUUGACAUUGAUAAUUAGUCAGAAAGGUUAAAAGUACUGUUUUUUUCUGCCCUGCACCGCAGUGUGGGAUUAUUUAACCUUAUCUCGUAUUUAACAUGUAAUUUAGUAAUAGACAUUGACAAUAAGUGGCAGACACGUAUGAAAGACCUUCUCCUGAGUAAGGACUAGAAAGUCACCUGUUACUUUGCCAGUGUGCAAAUACAGAUGUUGAGUAAUCACUAGCUAGUCAAAUGUGCGGAUGAUUUUGGUUUCAUAACGAGAACUACUUGGUUCCUCUGCCGGGUAAAGCGGGCUGCCACACUGUCUAGUGUCAUCUUAUUCAUUUUUUCCAGCAUAAUGCUUUUUCGUAGUCUGAUUGAUACGAUGCUUAUUGAUUCGCAAUGAAUACCACAUGUUACUAUAAAUUAUGUGGUCUUAUUAACGAGUGUUGAUUUUUAUAUUAUAAUCACGUUUUUUUGAGAAGCCGAGAGAGCUCAGAUGUGUGGUAUAUGUGCCCACAGAACUGACACCAUCCAUAACACCGUUUUGGUAAUGAACAGAUACUGUUCACAAACCUUCAGCGGUUUUCCAAUGGCGAAAACCAGUAGACUUAAUUCAUCGAAAGUCCCUAAUGUGAACACACCUGCAGAGUGUAAUAGAACACUCAUGGCGACAGGUGAACAAUGGUUUUUGAUGCAAAUUGGUUUUUCCAAUCUCUCUGUGCCACUUGUACCAUACAUUUGUUUUUCUUUUGGUGACUCUGAUACUUUUUACUAUAUCAACAUAUGUAACCAACUGUAAUACUCAUUAAAAGCUUAUAAAUGUUA